CAAAUCAUGAACUUGACGCAUGUUACAACUGACCAGCGAGCGUAAUCGAGUCUAACAUCUCUCCUUGGCAAUAAAGUUACUCCAGGGCUCCAGAUCGGCGCGCGCUACAUGGUAGUUGUCUUUUCCGACACCAGUGAUCUACUUGGCUGGUUACGUUUCAAGGUACUACCAUUUUCUCUGGAUCAUCACCUUCCUAGAUUUGAACUUCAACUGGACGAUCUUACUAGGACUGCUGCAAGGAAUCUACACAUGUAUCUUCGGGCACACCUUGUGGACAAUCUGUGCGCAUAUUGUGCGCCGCAUACCCACGCUGUACUCACAUUCUCAACAGUCUCUAUGAGAGCUACUAACAACAACGCAGGAAGAAAAUUCAUGGCUGCCACGAUCUUCUUGCUCUAUAUCUUUACCACAGUCAGUUUCUCGUUCGAUUGGGCCUUCAAGCGGUAUGCCUAUGUGUCAAAUGGAGAGACGUUCUAUUCAGCCUUUCUGGCACUGGAAGCCAUCGGGCCUUGGUGGAGGACCUAUCGUUUAGUAACCAGCAUUUCUGGGGGUAUCAACACCGUCCUCGCUGAUAUUGCCAUGAUCUGGCGGUGUUGGGUUAUCUGGACUCAUAACUGGCUCAUCGUCGCGCCUGCUAUAAUAUGCACUGUCGCUGGGACGCUAUCCAAGGUCUUUCAGAUCUACGAUUCCAUGACCAACGUCAGCAGUGAUAUAAGCCGCACAUCGGGAUACACCACCAAGAUCGACUGGACAAUCCUAUACCUCUCCUUUACCCUCGCUACGACAGUGCUGACCACCCUGCUUAUCAUCUUUCGCAUCGUCAAAGUCGGGAAUUCAGCCCCCGGUACAGGCCUCAGUUCAUACCGCAGAGUCAUAGAAAUGCUCAUUGAAUCCGCCGCUCUAUACUCCUUAUCCGUGAUUGGUUACAUGGGCCUGGUUGCCAGUAAUGAUCAUAGCGCGUAUUACGCUGACGCCAUAAUGGCGUACAUCAAAGGUAUUGCGCCUACGCUGCUUGUUGCAAGAGUCGCCUCAGGCCAAGGUUUAUCUUCAAACACCAAAUCAUCCCAGGAAAGCCGGUUAUCACCUUUACGCUUUCGUCAACGCUCUUUCAGUCAGGCUCCUGAAACAACGCUAGGAGGUUCGUCCUCUGGGCAUUGAGAUAGAUACUCCACAACGGUCCCUCUCUCUUUAUCUUCUAGAGCAUCUUAUUUUUCGCUGCAUUCGCAUUUGCUAUCCUUAAUCACGCACAAAGAUUCCAUCAUCUGUACUUCUCAUAUCCCUCAGUUUACCUGCUCAUAGAAAUCAUAUUAUAACCACUACUAGC